AUGCGAUUCUACGAGAAACCGCUCCCCGACACGGAGGAGAUUGUGAUGUGCCAAGUCCGGCAGAUUGCCGAGAUGGGUGCAUACGUCAAGCUCCUCGAGUACGACAACGCCGAGGGCAUGAUUCUCUUGUCCGAGCUGUCGCGACGACGCAUCCGCAGUAUCCAGAAGCUGAUCCGUGUGGGCCGCAACGAGGUGGUCGUUGUGCUCCGUGUGGACAAGGAAAAGGGCUACAUUGACCUGUCUAAGCGCCGUGUCUCGCCCGAGGACGUGAUCAAGUGCGAGGAGCGCUACUCCAAGUCGCGUGCCGUGAACAGCAUUGUGGCGCACGUUUCCGGCAAGCUCGGCCGCCCGAUUGAGGAGCUGUACGAGACUGUGGUCUGGCCGCUCGACCGUACGUACGGCCACUCGUACGAUGCAUUCAAGCUGUCCGUUACCGAAGCUGCCAAGGUCUUUGACGGCCUGCAGAUCGACGAGGACGUGCGCCGCGAGCUCGAGGCGAACAUCGCGCGCCGCCUGACGCCUCAGCCCGUCAAGAUCCGUGCGGACGUCGAGGUGUCCUGCUUUGGCUACGAGGGCAUUGACGCGGUGAAGGAGGCGCUGCGCGCUGGCGAGGCGCUCUCCACCGAAACGAUCCCCAUCAAGAUCAAGCUGGUCGCUCCUCCGCUCUAUGUUCUUGUUACCCACUCUACGGACAAGCAGGGCGGCAUUGCGCUCCUGGAGCAGGCGCUCGAAAAGAUCACCGAGUCGAUCGAGAAGAGCGACGGCAAGGUUUCGAUCAAGAUGAAGCCCAAGACGGUGUCCGCCGUCGAGGACGAGGAACUCGCACAGCUCAUGGCCCGUGUCGAAAAGGAGAACACCGAGGUGCAGGGCGACGACGACUCCGAGGAGGAGGAGGACUAA